UCACGCACACGCAAACGCGAGGUACCUAAUGUAACUAACUUCACUCCGUAAAUGUUCGAUCUCUUUUAACUACGUCGAGGCUUGUACUUUUUGGGAUUGCUCUUUUCGGUAAUUAUUGUUUUACUCAUUGCAAAUACAGUGUUUUUUGAUAUUUUGUGAUCGUAAUCUAGUCAAAGACAUGGCUUUAUCAGUUGCACUACCUCUGGGCGGAUUGGAGACAGAGAAUUUUAACUCGUUCAGGCAUAUCAUAGAUAUAGCGGGCCUAACUCAGUCGCAGACGAGCCCGAGCCCAUCUGUCUCCAGUGAAUCUAGCGGAAUCGGAUCGCUGGGCUCAUUGAAAUCGGAAUCGGUCAAUAACGAUUCCCUCCCAUCUAGUCCUCAAACAACAGAGAAGAAGUUAUUCGAACCCUUUGUGCAACCACAGCCACGUCCGAAAGAGAAAAAAGUUGAAGAUGUUAAAAUCAUUUAUGGAGGGCACGAUAUUCUCAACUUGAAUGCAAAUCUCACGGAUCCUCGAUGGAACUACCGUGCCACGAUGCUGCCACCAAACAAUCCUGCACUGUUCUUUGCAAACAGGUCGCAGUACCACCGUCUGGGACCCUACGGGACGCGCACGCAGUAUGUAAAAGAUUCUUGCCGUAUGUGUGGAUUCACUUGGGUUGUAGCUGCCACAGAGUGACUUGACACAUAAACUAAACACUGAACGAACGAGAGCUGAAUACGACUGGGACACAACAGGGUGCAAAUAUUUAUUACUGUCACAUGAUGUACAAAUAUGAAUUCUUAGCCAACAACUUCAGUUCAUCUUCACAAAAUAAUCUUAUGACCACCUGUUGUUGCCUAAAAAAUGACAGGGAUAUUCCUAUUUUCUACAAAGUAAUAUUUAUUUAAGGUACUCAAUAUAAUGAACAAAUUAUUUCCGGUGAUCUGUAGUCGUUGGGCGUGUGACAUCUUCCUACUAUUUGAGUUAAAGUAUUGCCCUCUGUGGCCCGGUCGUGAGGAUGACUGUGGAAUAUGCAUGCAGCUAUUGUCGCACACUUUCAUGGGUACAUAUUUUAAUCGUGACUUAAUACUGUGAUCUUAAUUUAACGAAAGUAAUUUUGACAAAUUCUAUGAAGUGUGUGACGAUGCAAAUAUAUUUCGUUUUGUUUUGUUUAACUUAUUUAAUUUGUGUGAUAAUUAAAAAGUUAGGUUUAUUAAAAAUAAUGCCAUAAGUUUUACAGACAUACAAAAUUGGCAUUUGAAAUCCCAAAAACUAGGAUUGUAAUGACUCAGUACUCAAAUUCCAAGUUUAUAAAAUAAUUUAAUUUAAAGACAGAAUAUUAAUAAUGAAUAUAAUAUGAUUAUGCUACAUAUUUUAGUUCCUCUUAGAAAUAUUAUUAAUUAUUAUUCGUUAUCCAAAGAAUCUUUUGUUUAAUAAUUGCAUAUUAUAUUAUUAUUAUACUAUCUGUAUAAAUUGUUGCACUUUAACAAUUUAUAUCAAUUAAUAAUUGGCAUAAAAUCAACUGGCUGACAUGUCAUCCUUUAGAUUUUGUGUCCUAUUACUUUAAAGCAAUAUUUAAAAUAUGCACACUUAUGUCAUAAUGAGCUGUUCCCACCUUACAUCUUAUAGUUAUUAUUUAAAUAUUGUUUUACGAUAAUUGUUAGUCUGUAGCGGUGAUUAUUUAUAUAUAUUCCACAGUCAUUUUAAUUAGCUUCAUCAAUGUUUAAACCAAAAGGUUGCUUCUCGAUAAUUCUCUCAGGGAUUUGAUGAGAUGGCAUGAAUUUAUAGCCAAGCUGUAUGUUAAUUUUAAGGUCUAAUUACGAUGAUUGAUGGAUGUACCGUCCGAGCGUUACGUAAUACUUAGUGAUGACAUGUAAUCUAGAGGAUACAAACUUGACACAUUGCCCAAGAAUCCUAUUGACUCUGUGUGAAAGCUUGAACAACUCAUAUAAUCGUAUGACACGCCCAUUGCCCCUGGGGAACAUAGUCAAAUGGGUUAUCAGUGCAUAUCAUCACAAAUUAAAGCAGUGAUUAGAUAUUCUAAGGUAUUAGUAGUUGUUACAGACCGUUUUAAAACGUUCGAGUCAUUGAGUCGCCCAGAAGCUGGGUCCUAGUGAAAUUAUAGUAAGUGUCAUUAACAGACUGGCAAUAUCUCUUUAAAUGCAUAUUUAAAUUAUAAUAUCCAUGGUCUCUUUAAUUUAGUCAAGAUAUUUAAUAGUGUGAGUCUCUUGAUCUAAUCGUAAGUAAAUGUGUAAUGUACUAACUAUAAAUGGUAAACGAUAAUACUGUCCUUCUGUGCAACUUUAGUUCUGCUAUGUUGUGACCAGCUUUAAAUUGGAACUGGAGUAUUUGUACACGAUAAUGUUGACAUAUUUCCCACAAAGUUAUUUUUAUAAAAAAUGUUGAUAUGUGACAAUACAGUUUGUAGUUUCAAAAUUUUCUUUAUAUUGAUAUAUUAUGGAAUUUGAUUCAAAGUUUGGCAAUUAUUCUGGAAGGGACCAACAUGCAUUGAUUUGUUUAAAUUUUAUCAUGAUAAAUUUCAGUAGCAGAACAAUGGAGCCUUAUCGGAGUUUACAUUGCAUUUUAUCAGCUGCUUUAUCUUUUGAGUCAUCGCCACUUUUUUUCUGUAAUCAAUACAAUGGGCUAUGAACAUAAAAACAUAAGUUGUUAACAAUAAGUGAAUAAUUUACAAAAUUUAAUUUAUAUAUUUAUGAUUCAGUGGGUCAUGACUGAACAUAUAGCAUGGAUCUCAGAAUGCAGCUUUUACAGUGAUACUUAUGCCUAAUGAUAAUCAUUUUUGCCUAAUAUGGAAGGCAUCUCUAAAAAAAUUGAAAAUCCAUAAAAAAAAUGUGAGAUAUGCCUUCACAAACAUAGUGUGCUAUAUCCUCAGUCACACAUACUCACGAAAUGGUUGUUAUGGUUAUCUAAAAUCAAAUGUUGCAUUCAGAUUAUUAUUUAGUUAUUAACUUUAAUAUGACAAGCUUCAAUCGAAUGUAGUUCAAAGAAAGUAUUUGGAGCGAUACGCACAGUUUUAUAUAGUUACUCUUGUUGUGAAGACUCCUUGAAGUAGGUAGGAGCCCGCGGCGCCGCGUCCAAACUGAGGCAGAGGUGCGAUGCAAUACUUGCAUUCCAAUUUGUGUUUAAGUAGCAGCCGAGUGGUCGUAGUUGUUAAUGAUUAUUUUAAUCCACAUUGCCAAAUAUUUUGGUUGUUGUGCUAUUUAUUUAAAUUAAUGGUUUUUUUUUUCUGAAAUAUCAAUUUUUAGUACCUUCCAUUGCUAAGUGGGUCUUCAAGUGAUUUUACAUUGUUUAAAUCAUUUCAAUUUUAUGCAUUUUAUUUUGUUUAGUCAAAUCAUAAUAUAUACAUGAUAUUAUUAUACUUAAUGUGUUGUACUAUAAUUAUUAUCUAUUGUUCAUUAAUAUUUAUGAAUUGGUAAAUAUUUUUUCUCAUUGAACUGUAGUCAAAUGACAGUAUUUUUAUAAUGAAAAUUGUAUAAGGAUGAAGGGUUUAUUGCCUAGACGAGGCGCCCACGGUGCGUCUCGGCGUGCCCACGGCCCGUCUAGCGGGGCCCACGGUCCGUCUAGCGGCGCCCACGGCUCGUCUAGCCGCGCCGGAGGUCGCGCGUCCAGUGUGUAUUACGUAUAACUGAUAAGCAUUAUGUAGGUUUAGCGAAAUAGAAUUAACUCGGAGGCAUACUCCUAGUACCAAAUCUUAUUGGUUUAAUGUUAUUCUCCUAUUAUCGUGAUAUAGUGCGUCGCGCGCGGCGCUGAGCUCAAUAUUUUAGUAACCCUUAAGAAAAUUAAUACCUCUUUUGAAAAGAAUAUAAUAUAUAUUACAUAUAGUAUAUCCAAUCGAUUAUCACAUAUGUAUUUCCCUGUUUAUUUUGAUGUGAUAUCAUAAAUGACUGAUCUGAAUUUAGUUUUUAAGUUGGUUAUUGAUACGCAGUGCUAUUUCGAGAGUGUAAUUAAGAUUUAAUAUUGAAAGUGCCAAUGCUCGUAAUGUAAUCUUUAUGACUGUUCCUUUAAUGUAGCGACAGCGCCCUCGAGGCGCCUCGCCGCCCGCGGGCCGAGGCGCCGUCCUUCCUAACUCUAAGUUAAAUCGUACUUUAAUGAACCACGUAACGUGCACAAUCUCAGUAAUGCUUGCAAUAUUAUGUAUAACGUGUAAUUCCUCGUUUUAUAAUUUAAUCCAGCGUAAUGUUAAGAGUACAAUAUGAGAUGAUGUUAUAUCAUUCUAGUAUCAAAAUUAACCGAAGAUAAUAUUAUUAUUAGUUAGGUAAAUUUUAACAUAGCUUUUCGUAUAAUUGGGAUGUUUUAGUGUAAUGUAGUGUAUAACGACGGCGUAGUGGCAAGCGGACGUCUCGCGAGCGGAGAUGUCGUGGCAAUAAUACUCGAGUAGUGGCCUGCCAAGAGAGUACAGGGUCGCGUCUCGCGGAACGCUACGUACUAGGCGUUUAUUUGUUGUAAAGAUAAUAAUAGCCGUAGGUAUUUUAUCGUACUUAAAUAAUAAUUAUUCUUGCGAUGCCUUAAUUCUGGUUGUCAAUUAGACAUGUCUGCCUAGAGUGUUAUCAAUUGUUUUUAUUUAUUUUAGUUUUUCGCUGUUCCUCCGUGAACUUCCAGUCCAGGCUGUUCUUUUUAAAUGAUUUUGAGGUCGAUUUAUUUUUACCUAAGUGUUCUUAUUAAAUGUUACCAAAAUGUUUUUAAUAAAAUAUUUUUAUAUGUA